AAAGCGCUGCAUUUUAUUUAUCAACAAUAAUAAAUCACGAUCAGAUCUCCAGCUAUACUGUGUUAUAUCUUUCUUUGUUGGCGCCACGAAGAAGUGCACCAGAAUGUCGAAGCUGUCGCGUGAAACGCUGAACAAAUCUAUUAAUACUAUUAUAAAGGCUGCUAAGAACGAGAAAUCGGAUUUCUUGGAUACAAUAACUGUCAAGUUCACUUUGAAGAUCUACGAUCCCCAAAAGAAUAGGCCUCUCACGAGCAAAGGCGAACCGCUCAUCCAGGUCUGCAUAUUGGGGGACCAGAAACAUUGCGAAGAAGCUGCCAGUUUGAACGCGCCCUUCAUGAACAUUGAUGAGCUGAGGAAUAUCAACCAGAACAAGAAGUUAAUAAGGCAACUAGCUAAGCAGUUUGAUGCUUUCUUAGUAUCUGAGAGCAUCGUAGAGCAGAUCCCAUGCAUAAUGGGUCCUGGACUGCACAAAGCUGGGAAGACACCUGGUAUUCUAACCCACAGUGAUUCCAUGGCGCAGAAGAUCGAGGAAAUUACAUUAAAGAUCCAAGAUGACAUGAAGAGACUAUUAUGUCUGACAACGGAUGUCGGCCAUGUUGAAAUGGCCCCCGAAAGGAUUGCAGAUAACGUGGUUUACGCAGUUAACAAUUUGGUUCCAUAUUUGAAGAAGAAUUGGAACAACGUCAAGUCAGUGUACAUCAAGUCUUCUACGGUACCGGCUAUUCCAUUGGAUUAUACUUUUUAAAUUAAGUCUACCUAUGUAAUCGUAUUUUAUCAUACCUACUCUAAUC